AAAUAAGAUUUCAGUUUAAUUGGCAAGUCAUUCGGAGGGAAAGAAUGUUGGUAUGGACAUAAACCAAUCACAAAGCAAGAACUUCUCGAGCGAGACGCACCAGCGCAUGAAUGUGGGUCAUUCCACGCGCUCAGCACCGGGAACGGACGCAGUUUUCCCAACUCGCCAACAUGGGACAGUGCUGGAGAUCGGACCGAUCACUCAAAAAGAGUAUCCUAAAACAAGGUAACUGGACAUUAUGAAACGCCUUGUUCAGAUGCGAUAUUAACGGAUAUGAUUUUAGAGAUGGAAAACGGCACAAACCACACGCAGGACCGCGCGCACGGAGCACAGGAGCGAGAGGAUGGAGACGGACAGAACAGCGUGCGCGCACUGCUGGGUUUCGUGCUCUUCCUCCUCAUCGUCUCCACGCUGCUCGGAAACACGCUCGUGUGCGCCGCCGUGGUCAAAUUCAGACACCUGCGCUCCAAAGUGACUAACUUUUUCGUAAUUUCUCUGGCCGUUUCGGAUCUCUUCGUAGCCGUCCUGGUGAUGCCGUGGGAGGCGAUAUCCGCGGUGGCGGGCACUUGGCUCUUCGGCCGGUUUUGCGGCAUCUGGAUCGCCUUUGACAUCAUGUGCUCCACUGCGUCCAUCCUCAACCUGUGCAUCAUCAGUGUGGACCGCUACUGGGCCAUCGCGAGCCCGUUCCGCUACGAGCGCAAGAUGACCCACCGGGUGGCUUUUAUGAUGAUUGGAGUGGCGUGGACCCUGUCCAUCCUCAUCUCUUUUAUCCCGGUCCAGCUCAACUGGCACAUGGCUGAGGAAGAUGAGGAUGGCGCAGCGGGCAACGGCACCGAUUACAGCGACAACUGCAAAGCCAACCUGAACCGGACGUAUGCCAUCUCAUCUUCGCUGAUAAGUUUCUACAUCCCCGUGAUUAUCAUGAUCGCCACGUACACGAGGAUAUUUCGUAUUGCGCAAACACAGAUCCGCAGGAUCUCCUCUUUGGAAAGGGCAGCGGAGCACGCGCAAAACCACCACCAGCCCAACGAUUGCUCCAACGAGAGCUCGCUGAAAACCACUUUCAAGAAAGAGACCAAAGUUUUAAAAACACUCUCGAUCAUUAUGGGGGUGUUUGUGUUCUGCUGGCUACCGUUUUUCGUGCUUAAUUGCAUGGUGCCCUUCUGCCAGUGCGUGAGUGACACUACCUUCACCAUCUUCGUGUGGUUCGGAUGGGCCAAUUCCUCCCUCAAUCCCGUCAUUUACGCGUUUAACGCGGACUUCAGGAAGGCGUUCUCCUCGAUUUUGGGUUGCAACAAAAUUUUCCCCAGCACCACAGUGGAGACGGUGAAUUUCAGUAACGAGCUGGUGUCGUAUCAUCACGACACGACGCUUCAGAAGGAGGCGCAACCGCUGGUCGUUCAGAUGCCGAAUCCUCCGGAGGAGCCGAGUCUCCCGUUCGAUAAGGCAUCGGUUACUUCGAACAUGUCCCGGAAUCACACAAACAUGCUCUUACCAAACAUCGGACUGUUUGAGUGCGACGGGGAGAUUUCUCUGGACACUAUCACGCCAUUCACCUCCACGGGACUCAUGGAGUGCGAGGGAAUCCCAGGACAAAUCAUUAGUGAAUGACUCAGGGGGGUUAGGGGUCGCCAAGGCUUUUACCUCCUCAAAUGAAGGCCAAAAUAUUAUUAGACUAGUGGUAUCACAAAGCAGGCGAACAGGUUUAAUUCUACAUAUCAAAAAGGUUAACAAAAAGUAUCGCAUUUUCGUCUGGCAAAAAUAAAUAAAUAAAAAAAACUAAAAAAAAAAAAAAACUUUUGCGGAUACCAACAGUACGCCUCUCGAGCGCUUACAGUAUAUUAUUCAAAGUUACACAGGCAAAACAUAAAUACUGUUUUCUUCAUAACACUUUUUUUUAAAGGUAAAACGAGGAUUUGCGCCAGACACUCAUAAAUAACCCUACAAAUGAUCUUUCUGAAAGUCAAUGUAAGCACACUAAAUACUUUUAAAGUGAACUGAUUCACUCUUCGACUGA